AUGAAGCUGAACAUCUCUUACUCAGCCACUGGCUGCCAAAAUCUCUUUGAAGUGGACAAUGAACGCAAACUUCGUACAUUUGAUGAGAAGCGAAUGGCCACAGAAGUUGUUGCUGACUCUCUCGGUGACGAGUGGAAGGGAUAUGUUGUCCGGAUCAGCGGUGGAAACGACAAGCAGGGUUUUCCCAUGAAGCAGGGUCACAAGCGCUGGUGCAUUUUGCUGAAGCAACAGCGCCCUGGGGAGAAUAAGAAGGAGGCCGCAGAGGUCGCUCAGCUUUUGGCCAAGAGAACAAAGGAACCAAAGAAAAACGUCUGCGCAGAUCGCCGAGAGACGGAGGCUGUCCUCUCUGAGAGCGUCUAUCUCCAAAGCCGAAUCCAGUCAGAAAUCGAACCUUCUAUGUGUGACAUCAAUGAAUGCCUCAAACCUGGGACCUGUCCUAAGAAUUUCAACUGUCGCAACACCCCAGGAAGUUACAGAUGUAUUCCCAAGGCAGGCUUCACCACCAAGAAGCCAGACAUCGCUACCUACAGCUUCAAAAGUGAAGAAACCAACUCUACUUUUUCAACUCCAAGCAAAGACAGUACCUCCAGUGACUGUAAACAACAAGAUAUAGCUAAUUCUUUUGACUUCCUCAUCAACGCCACAUCCCACCUGUCUGUGAUGAGCCACAAGGUCACCGUCGUGUCCCAGUAUCUCCAGGAUGUACAGUCAGCGUCACUUGAAGCAGCCUUGAAGGAACCCACAGAGGGGACACAGAGGGAGGAGGCAAAGUUCAUGGCUAUUGAAACAUUGACCCUCAAGAGAGAUUGCAACAUUCCAGGAGAGAUAUUUACAUUGAAGGUCAAAGAGGAUUUCAUGGACAUUCACUGCUCCACCAUCACUGGAGGAGGAACAGGGGGGGCUGUUGCUUUGAUCUCCUAUGACCUUCUGGGGUCCAUCAUAAACGGCUCGCUCGUGUCCACGGAGAAUCUAGUUGCUGAUGAAGCACUAGGUCACUUUUGGCUCAACUCCAAAGUAACCAGCGGUACAACAACAGGCUCCAAGCAGAACGCGUCCCUGGCCACACCUGUAAAAUUCACCUUUCAGCACACGGAGGUGGUGGAGGAGCACCAAAGGCGUCUUUGCGUCUACUGGGAUGCAACAGGAUGGUCUAAUGCUGGCUGCCAUGCCACCUCUUCUAAUGGAACGAGAACUGUGUGCAGCUGCAGCCACCUCUCCACAUUUGCAGUCCUCAUGGCCUCAGUUGUGCUAGAGGAGGACCCAGUGCUGACCAUGAUCACCUACGUGGGGCUGAGCCUCUCCCUGCUGUGCCUCCUCCUGGCGGCCCUCACCUUCCUGCUGUGCCGGCCCAUCCAGAACACCAGCACCUCGCUGCACCUGCAGCUCUCCAUCUGCCUCUUCCUGGCCCACCUGCUCUUCCUCACAGGCGUCAACCACACAGAGCCCAAGGUGCUGUGCUCCCUCAUCGCCGGGGCGCUGCACUACCUCUACCUCGCCUCCUUCACCUGGAUGCUCCUGGAAGGGCUGCACCUGUUCCUCACGGUCAGGAACCUCAAGGUGGUCAACUACACCAGCGCAGGCAGAUUCAGCAAGAUGUUCAUGUACCCUUUUGGCUACGGGAUCCCAGCUGUCAUCGUGGUUGUGUCUUCAGGGAUCAACCCCCAUGGAUAUGGCACGCCUAUGCACUGCUGGAUUAACCUACAAAAAGGAUUUAUUUGGAGUUUCAUAGGACCCGUAUCUGCAAUCAUCUUGAUAAAUUUAACCUUUUAUGUAAUAAUUCUAUGGAUAUUAAGAAGCAGACUGUCAUCCAUCAAUAAAGAGGUGUCCAAGAUCCAAAGCACAAGGAUGCUGACAUUUAAAGCGAUGGCUCAACUCUUCCUCUUGGGCUGUUCCUGGUGUCUAGGCUUCUUUCUUGUCCAGUCAAUAAAAGAACCCUUCCGAUCGAUCAUCGCCUAUACCUUUACCAUCACAAAUGUCCUGCAGGGAGUCUACAUCUACAUUGUCCACUGUCUACUCAACCAUCAGGUUCGAGGGGAGUAUAAUAUGUGGUUUACAAGGAUGAGUAAAACGGGUACGUCUGAGAGCUACACAAUGGCCACGUCUACCACCCACACCCAGAAACAACUCUAA